CGAGAGAGCGCCAGCCUCCCGUUGCACCAGCGCAGCUGGUUGGCCAGAGCGAGCUGGGCGCUCGCUCGAGACGCUGCGCUCCCUUCGCCUCAACGCACUUGGUUAGAGACGCGCAGGGCUCCGUCUUCCUCAGCCGAGCUCGCUCUUUCCCGGCCUUAAAGAAGCGAACCUGCUCUUUAGGGGCUUCCUCCGCCAUCGCUCCUACCCCGAACUUUCCCCUCCCAGCUCUCUUUCCGGGAAUCUGUAAGCGUCCAGGGAGAGGACGGGGUUCUCGGCUGCGUGGAAGAGGAGGCGAGGACCCUUCUCAUUCCUGAAGGCAUCGCCCGGAGGGACUCCUCCUCUGCGCGCUACCAGGAGUUGUGUCCGGGAGGCAGAGAAGGGACUGGACGGGUUUUCUUUCUUUGAGGGGAGGGGGAGAAGUAGGGGAAGGGGUCUUUCUCCCCCCCCCUUCGUCCUCUCUCGCCCUUCACAUCAUUUCAUUGAUGCUGCCUUGAGGAAAGGCUCGGUUUUUAUUGCAUUUGGAGCGGCGAGAAUACGGCAAGGAGAUGGCAAUGGUGGCGGCGGCGGCGGCGGCGGCAAUGCUGCGUCCAGGCUGAGGGCUUUGUGAGUGAGAUGCGGUGACUGCCCGGAUCCGGGCAAAGCUAGAAGGAGUGGGGCGGGGGGGCUCAGCAGCCUAGAACAUGGCGGAUGCCGAAGAAGGCUUCGGGCUCCCAGCCACGCCGGUCGACUCAGACACGAAGGAGCUAGCGAGCGACGGGAAGCCGGAGAGUCAGCUGGGCGCCAGCAGCAAGCAACCUUCCUCGCCCCAGGCCGCCUUCACCCAACAGGGCAUGGAGGGAAUCAAAGUGUUCUUACACGAGCGAGAAUUAUGGCUCAAAUUUCAUGACGUGGGGACCGAAAUGAUUAUAACCAAAGCUGGAAGGCGCAUGUUCCCCAGCUACAAGGUGAAAGUGACGGGACUCAACCCAAAAACAAAGUACAUCCUGUUAAUGGAUAUUGUCCCCUCUGAUGACCACAGAUACAAAUUUGCAGAUAAUAAAUGGUCAGUGACUGGGAAAGCUGAGCCUGCCAUGCCGGGAAGAUUAUAUGUGCACCCAGACUCACCAGCCACUGGGGCCCAUUGGAUGAGGCAGCUGGUCUCCUUCCAAAAGCUCAAGCUGACCAACAACCAUCUUGACCCAUUUGGCCAUAUCAUCCUCAACUCCAUGCACAAAUACCAGCCCAGACUCCAUAUCGUCAAGGCGGAUGAGAACAAUGGGUUUGGCUCAAAAAACACAGCCUUCUGCACCCACGUCUUUCCAGAGACGGCCUUUAUCGCUGUGACGUCCUACCAGAAUCACAAGAUCACCCAGCUCAAGAUCGAAAACAACCCCUUUGCGAAAGGAUUUCGAGGCAGCGAUGAUAUGGAGCUUCAUAGAAUGUCGAGGAUGCAAAGCAAGGAAUACCCAGUGGUUCCCAGAAGCACCGUCCGGCAGAAGGUGGCUUCUAACCACAGCCCUUUCAGCGGUGAGAACCGGGCGCUGCCUGCCUCUUCCAACCUCGGGUCUCAGUUCCAGUGUGAGAACGGCGUUUCCAGCACUUCGCAGGACCUGCUACCAGCUGCCAACUCGUACCCCGUGUCGCAGGACCACGGCCAGAUUUACCACUGCACCAAGAGAAAAGAUGAAGAAUGUUCCACCACAGAACAUCCUUACAAAAAGCCCUACAUGGAGACGUCUCCUCCAGAAGAAGACCCUUUCUAUCGCUCCACCUACUCCCAGCAGCAGGGACUCAAUACCAGUGCAUACAGGACUGAGUCUGCUCAGCGCCAAGCCUGCAUGUACGCCAGCUCUGCGCCCUCUACGGAACCGGUGCCCAGCCUAGAAGACAUCAGCUGCAACACGUGGUCUGCUGUGCCAUCCUACAGCAGCUGCACAGUGACUGCCAUGCAGCCUAUGGACAGGCUGCCUUACCAGCACUUCUCUGCCCAUUUCACUUCUGGCCCUCUCAUGCCCCGGCUUGCCACAGUCGCCAACCAUACCUCAUCGCAGAUCGGGGAGACGCAUGCCAUGUUCCAGCACCAGACCUCCGUCCCUCACCAGCCAAUUGUCCGGCAAUGUGGACCUCAGACAAGCAUACAGUCGCCUCCCAGCAGUCUACAGCCAGCAGAGUUCCUUUAUUCUCAUGGGGUACCCCGAACCCUCUCCCCCCACCAGUACCAUUCCGUGCAUGGGGUGGGCAUGGUGCCAGAAUGGAGCGAGAACAGCUAACAAGGCAAUCAAGGGAGAGGAUUGCUGGAGAGAUUUCACUGCAAACUAAGAGUGGUGUUUGUUUGUUUGUUUUCAAGACUCGUUUUAACUGAAUGUUAAUAUCUAAGCACUCGAGAGAUGGACAGCGUCCUAUCCUCUGGGCAGACCAUGGUAUUGUAUCUCCUGGCUUUCCUUUCUUGCGACCAAUGACAAACUGAUCCAUGCUGUUCCGCCCUGCCCCACGCCAUACAGCCCCCCCAUGCCCAGACAUAGCCACACUGAGUUUGCAUUGCUUCCACACCAACUUGUGCCCUUGCACAACAUUAUAGUUUGGUUUUGUUUUCAGGUGAAACACGGGAGUUUUGCUACCUUUCUUGACACGCGGAGAGUGCUCAUACAAGACGAUCAGAAUAUGUCGUGUUUUCUUUUCUCUCCUCUCUCUCUCUCUCUCUCUCUCUCUCUCUCUCCCUUUCUCUCUUUCUUUUUUUUUGGUGUUGAUAUUGACAUUGUUAUAUAAUAAAUGAUAAUAUAUAUCUAUCUAUCUACAUCUAUCUAUAUAUUCCUUGGAGUCUCGCGAAAAGAACCUGUCCCUUUUCACAGAGACUUAAAAAGGGUGGGGAGGGGAUUCGAGGUUGAAGGUUUCUUUUUAAAGGGGUGGAAGUAAUUCACAGGUAAAACACUUUGGUACCUACCUCUGACAGGCACUUCAACUUUGAAAAGUUUCUGGCCUGAUUUUGCUCCAUUUUCAUGCCUGGUCCAUUUUGUAAUGUGCCGCCAUCUAAAAAUGGACCAAGAUAGCUCACAGCAAAUGAGCAUCCGCACUCAACUUGAUCGUUUUGCCUUCUCUUUGUCUACCUCUGUUAUAACUAGGGAUGGGGGAGAAAUUUCAUUCCAUUCACACUUUUGAAAAUAGCAUAUGAAGUGAAAUGCCCUAAUCCUUCAAAAUCUUCAUGUUUACUAAUUUUGCAGUGCAGUUCUCCAGCCAAUUCAUGUGCACAGAAAUGCAUAUGGUAGGGUCCUGUGUGCAUAAAAAUGCACAUAUUUAGGAAAACAUUGCACAACAAUGCAUGGCAUUACAGAAAACAGUUUUGCAAAGAGGAAGAAGAAGAGUAUAUUAGACAAAAUCACAUACAAAAAUGUGUAUAUUAGAAAAUCACACUAAACAGAUCUGGAAAUGUGGAGAACUGAACUUAAAGUUAGAAAACUGAGAAAUGCAGAGAAACCAAUAUUGACAGGUUCACCCGCCCCUAGUUAUAAGAGAGUUGAUUUUGUAUGGCACAGAUAUUCUGUUUUAAAUCACAAACAGGUUUGUUGUAGCAUAAGUUUUUGUGCAGUAAGACAGACAGGAAACAUGUUUCCUUCCUGAUGUCAUUGGACUAUAGUUCCCUCAUCCCUGAGCAUUGGCCAUCCUGUGUGGGGCUGAUGGGAGGUGCAGUCUGACAACAUCUGGAAAGCCACCAUUUCCCCAUCCCUGGACUAAACAGUCUACUUCAUCAGAUUCUUCAAGCCAAAUUAGAAGUUAUGCUAAUGGCAGCCACACAUCUGGUGCUCUGCUCCUGCUAAAGUAAGAAUGGUGGGCCAUUGCCCUCCAGAUGUUGCCGGACCAGCUCUCAUCAUCCCUGAACAUUGGCCACGAUGGCUGGGGGUGAUGGAGUCUAACAACAACUGAGGUUUUCCCAUCUCUACUGCAAUGUCUGCUAAAACGUAUCCAUGAUUCAACAUAAUAAUGUUUUCUCUACAUCACACCAUUAGCAGUCAUGAAUAGAGGCGGUGAGAAAGCAUGAAAACAGGACAUGGGGAAGUACUGCUGGGUCUUAUAUACAGUGAGGGAGAAGAAUAGUAUAUUGGCUGCCCUUUUUGGUAGAAUUCAAAGAAGAUCAGCAUUCACACCAUUUUCUAGCACGUGGUGAGGAACCUGUGGCCCUCAAGAUGUUGCUAGACUCCAGCUUCUAUUACCUCUGUUCAUUGAUCAUGGUGGCUGAGGCUGAUAGGAGUUGGAGUCCAACCGCACGUCCCCCAACCCUGCCACUAUUGGGAGAGAUUGAUGGUGCUGUGUUUUUGCAUAGCAAGCACAUCAUCCAGCAAAUCAUGAUGUUCUCAUGCCUCUAAUCUAUGUCUUGUCUUGAAAAAGGACCUCUCCAUCUUCCACCUCCCCCAGCAGAUUUACUAAUUGCCUUUGCACUUUGAGCUUGCUCAUCCCUGGUGACAGAGGUCCUUCUAUUUAGGGCAGGAGUAGUCAAGCUGUGGCCCUCCAGAUGUUGUCAGACUCCAGAUCCCUCCAGGCCCAGCCAGCAUUGCCAGUUGCAGUCCAGCAACAUCCAGAGGGUGGCACGUUCCCCAUCAUUUAAUUAAGAUUGAGACUGAGAUGCUGCGGAGCAGAAAAUCCAGCUCAAGUGCACUUUUGUCAGCAUCACUUCUUUGUCCCAGGACAACAACAAAAAUAUGGCCACCACAUCAAUUGAAUUUUUAGGUGUUUUGAUGAAGUUACAGGUAGGUUCUCUAGCCUCCAUUAGAUUAUGGGCACCAGCUUACCAUGAAAGAAACUCAAACUAUUUUUAUUUUUGGAAUUAGCACAACUGAGGUCCAUAUGUUCUCGAAUGACAAUCAGGUUAGGAAUCCCCCCAGAUGUUGUUGGAGUCCAAGUCCAUCAGCCCCAACUAGGAUGAUAAGUGAUCAGCGAUGGUGGGACUUGGACUCCAACUUGGGAUGAUGGGACUUGGCGGGUCCUUGACUUCUUGUCCAUCCUGGUCCUCUGCUACAACCCCCAAAGUAUUCUGGGAAGAGGUAUAAGAAGUUCAUGGCUGCUGUGCAAAUAUGACACCUGUUUCUUAUCCAUUUCCUUAAUGCCCAUGAGCAAGUGGUUAUGUAGAGGUCCAUUAAAAAAAUGUUUCCUAUGGAACCAAAUCACUGUCUGGAAUGACACAUCACGUGGGGUUGUCCUUCAGUCACCAACUCUGCCGAAAUGUAAGUCUAUGGUGGAGCAAUGGGGUUGUAUCCAACCAAAUUCUACUCAAAUAAAACUCAUUGAGAUUAAUGUACCUGUUAGUUAUGACCCUUAGCUGCAAUGGGUUUGCUCUGAAUACAAUGAAAAUUACACGCAGUUUAAUGACAGGAGCCUUAUCAGCAAAGCAAGUUCCUCCAGGUUAAAUAUGGCUUGAUUUGGAUGCAGUUACUACAGGGGGACAAUAUAAAUUAGUCUGUACUAACGAUGGUGUCAAAGAUCUGGCAGUUUGGAUUUGGGGGGCAUUGAAUAUAUGAAAUUUGUAAGGGUUGUUUUUUUUUUGCCAUCAAAACCCUUCACAGCAUUAUUUUCUUGGGUCCUUUGCUGUGCAUAGAAUUCACUUAAUCCUGACAUUUUCAACAGUCCCUCAGCAUCUUGCCACAUACACUUCUUGGACCAGAUCAUGUCUGGUCUUGCCCUGCCUUUCCCUUGAAUUGUCCAGUGUCAUAAUUUCUCCUACUUCCUGGUUUCGCCUCCUUUUUAAAUUAGGCAAAAAUGAGGUUGAUCCCAUCCAGUCAUACUGGAUACCACAUCUUAUAUUCUUGAACACCGAUAAGUAAAUUCACGUGACCUGAACACUUCAGAAUGUCAUUGAGGGCAAAUGAGGGCAACAGAGAGUAAAAACUAGUGAGGGCAAUAGAAAGAAGCAUUGCCACUGAGGGAUUUGUCAGCAGUGAGGAAAACCAUAAUGCACAGUUGUGCGCUGUUUAGUUUCUUUCCUUCUGUACGUGUCCAUUUUUUUAACCUAUUAAUGACUUUUACAACUUCUUUUUAAAGUUGUCCCUCUAAAGUAAUGUUGGCCCUCCCUAGGACCAUUUUAAUGAAAUCCAGUAUUUUGAAUCCACCCAGAAAAAUACCUGAAACUAAGUUUGAUGGGGGGAAAAAAUUAUGUGCGUUUAGUAACAACCGAAAAACCAAAUUUGUAAAAAAUGAUCACUCUAUUUGUCUUCCUGUAUAAUUUUUCUUUCCCCCCCUUUUUUUGACAUAUCUGCUUAUGUUAACAUGGGACGUUAAACAAAAUCUGUGUUUAGAAAGUGCUGAGAAAGGUUGGGCAGUUGUGUGUAGGUAAAACAAAAUCUAAUUGCAGGGUUCUUUGGAUGUAAUUAUUUUAUUAGUACUAUUUAUUGAUAAAUAGGUAUUCUGCUAAGGCAUAACAGGUAAUAAAAUCAGCCACACAGCUGGUCAGAAACUUUUAAAUUUUAUUUUGUUGAUACUUUAUUGGCAAGCUUGAAUUCCUUUUCCUCUCUUCCUUUCCAAACUGUACUUUAAAAAAAAUUACAAAUGACCCUAAUUAUGAAAAUGGAAUAAAUAUGUAUGCACAGGAAAGAAAAUGAAUGACUGUCCACAUGCAUGGGAGACUGAGGUCACAAAUACGUUUGUGUGUCUGUUUCUAAAGGGGUGGGAAGAACCUUUACCUAUCUAAUCUUUCCAUAUUUUUGUGUGACAAUUUAUGUCUAAUAAAUACCAGGUGCUCUGAAGUACAAGGUAUCUGAA